GAAAAGGAGAAUGGUUGACCAUCAUCACGCAGGGUGGGGCUCGCAGAGGAGCGCUUUCCACCCUCCUCCCCCGCCGCACGGCGCUGUCCGGCGCUGUGGGUUCUGAAAGCUGGAUGUGAGCACAGCAAAACAGCCUGCAGCGCUGUGGACCGUCUGCACAGCGCCGUGCGGGGGCAACGCAACAAGCCCUCGGCAUGCAAAAAAGCUGCAAGUUCACUGGGUCUCCUGGAAGGAUGACACGGAAAUAUGAAGGGAUUUCUUCUCUCUUUUCUUAAUUUUCCAUCCACCCCGAAGCUCUCAGAGGCAGCCUUUAUAUAACUUGCCACCAACAUGAUUCUUGCUCUUUUCACGCUCACGUGUUGCCUUUGGACGCCAGCGGCCGGACUGCCUUUCUUCCACGGGCAUAUUUUUGAGAACUCCCCCGCGGCUUCGAAAGUGAACGGACUGAGCAUUCCGUUGAGGCGCAUCGACGCGCAAAAAUGGUGCCCGACGCCUGGGAUACGCUUCAAAGUGGACGGCGACGGCAGCCGAGAUUUCCGGGCUUUCGUCCACCGCAAACGGGGGGAUGUUUUGUUGAAAACUUCCAGGGUUCUCGACCGGGAAGAGCGCUCGGAGUACCGGCUGAGAGUCGCCUUGUGCUGCGGCGCCUGCGCUCCGGACGCCGCGCUCCUGGAUGUAGCUCGGGUCAAAGUCAACGUCUUGGACAUCAACGACCACGAGCCUACUUUUUGUCAACCGGAGCCCACGCGUGUAACUUUAAAUGACACUACUGCUAUCCGCAGCGUUGUUUACAGGCUGAAAGCUGUCGACGCGGACAGUGGGAAAAACGCUGUUUUAACCUACACUUCGUCGCCUAAAAACAGCACUUUUUACGUCGUUCCGAAAACGGGCGAAGUUUUGCUGCUGGACUCUAUUUUAGGGCUCCGAUCUGAAGUGGAACUCUCAGUUUUCGCCACAGAUCACGGAUGGCCACCGAAGAGUAGUAAAUGCGUAAAGCUGACAUUUUCUCCACGCGGGUGGAUGGAUGAGAAAGCGGUUAAGGAGCGGGUCAGGCGCGCUGCACCCAGGGCGUCACGUUACCCGGCGGGCUUGGUCUCCCUCAACGUGUCUGAAGAUGCCAGCAUCGGCUCGGUGAUAACCAGCCUGAGUCCAAACAGGUUCCAGUCGGCCGGUUUUGAGCUCGUUUACCCGGAUUCGCACAGCUCUCCUGUAUCCGUGGGUCACGAUACUGGAGAUAUCACCAUCAUAAGGAGGCUGGAUAGAGAAUCGGAGCCUUUUGUGGAACUCACGGUUAAGAUUCAGGACAAACGAGGCCCAGACUGGUACCUGAACAAGGUGAAGCUGACGAUCACCGAUGUCAACGACAAUGUCCCUGAGUGGAACAUGAAGCCUUUCCCGUACCAGGCCGGCGUGUCCCCCGACGCAACCCCGGGGACCUUCGUCUACCAGCUGCGGGCCUCGGACGGGGACGAGGGCCGACGCGGGGAGGUGGAAUAUUUUCUGGCUGAUGGUGGCGACGGCUGCUUUGCGGUGGACAAGAAGACAGGCCAGGUGGCCACUACAAAGCAAACGCUUCAGAAAGACAGAGAAUACUUGUUAAGCGUAGUGGCCGUGGACGGCCUGGGUGGACGCAGCUCGCCCGCCGUGCUCUCAGUGGUAGCGGGAGCGCGACCGCCGCAGUUUGCCAACACCAGCUACUCCAUCUCCAUACCAGAGAACACGCCUGAAGGACAGCCGUUCCUCUCCGUGUUUGCCAUUUCCUUCCAAAAGCAGCCAAUCAGCUAUAGCCUGCUGAUCAAUCCCAGCAGUCUUUUUAGCAUUCAGCAGGAGACCGGAGAGAUCAGUCUGACCCGAACCCUGGAUUAUGAGAGCGACCAGCGGCGGUACCUUCUGAUGGUGCGAGCCAGCGAGGAACUAGGCAGCCUGAGCACGGCCACAGAGGUUCAGGUGCUGGUAACGGAUGAGAACGACUGUGUCCCAGAGUUCCUUCAGUCUAUCUACAGUGUAGAUGGAGUUCCAGAGACCGUAACCACAGCAACAUCUCUGCUGCAGGUGAUGGCCACAGACUGCGACUCUGGGUUAAAUGCUGAGCUAACCUAUUAUACCCUAAGCCCUGACUUCAGCAUUUCGCCACAUGGUACCAUAUUCCCUGCGGUUCGGCUUGACUACGAGCGCCCUAACCAUCUCUAUGAAUUCGUGGUGAUGGCGGUGGACGGCGGGGACGGGCCGCACUCCGGCACCGCCACAGUCCGUGUGAGGAUGGUUAACGUCAAUGAUGAAGCCCCGGAAUUCUCCCAGCUUGUGUAUCGAACGUUCGUUUCCGAGGACGCGGGCCCCAACACUCUCGUCGCCACGGUUCUGGCCAAAGACCCAGACGGGGAUGGGAUCAGCUACUCAAUAACGGCCGGGAAUGAGGAGGGGAACUUUGUCAUUGACAGCCAGAAAGGCUUGAUUCGACUGCGCUCCACGCCGCUGCCCGAGCUUCAAGGCUUGGAGUACAUCCUGAAUGUGACGGCCACGGAUGACAACGCAUCGGGCGGUCUGCACCCGCUCUCGUCUACCGCACGUGUUAUAGUGGGAGUGGACGAUGUUAACAACAACAAACCUAUAUUUGAAGAGUGCCAGAAAUAUCGCGAGCAGGCUUCAGUACUGGAGAACCAGCCAACAGGCACUUUUGUGUUACAAGUGCACGCUGUGGAUGCAGAUGAGGGAGCAAAUGGAAAAGUCAAAUAUGGCUUAAUGCACCGAGACAGCGCCAUGCCUGCUUUCAGAAUUCAUCCAGACUCAGGAGCAAUUGUGACGGCCCAGCGCUUUGACAGGGAGCGGCAGAGAGAGUAUUCGGUUACAGUGACGGCCACUGAUUGGGCAGAGGAACCGCUCAUUGGAAUCUGUCAGCUCACCGUCCAAAUACUGGAUGAGAAUGACAACAGCCCCAAAUUUGAGAACAUGCGCUACGAGUACUUCUUGAGAGAAGACACUUUGGUCGGAACAAGUUUCCUGCGCGUGGCAGCUCACGACGACGACUUUGGCACCAACGCGGCAGUCACUUACUCCAUGUCGGUGGAGCAACCAGAAUACCUGAAGGUCAAUGCGGUCACCGGAUGGGUUUAUGUUAACCAGCCAAUAUCGCAGAGGAGUUACAUCACACGUGAGAUCAUCGCCACCGACGGAGGCAACAAGAGCACCUCAGUGGAACUCUCAGUCACCAUCACCAACGUUAAGAACCAACCUCCGCGGUGGGAAGAGGAGAGCUACCAUGUCGUCAUCCCUGAAAACGCUGCCAGAGACACACCAAUAGUGACAAUCAAGGCAACCUCUCAGCUAGGUGACCCGAGGGUGACCUACAAUCUCGAAGACGGAAUGGUCCCGGAAACCAACAUGCCAGUUCGUUUCUACCUGUCCCCCAAUCGCGAGGACGGCUCCGCCUCCAUCCUUGUCUCGGAGCCUCUCGAUUACGAAACCACCCCUUUCUUCUCCCUGCGAGUGCGAGCGCAGAACGUGGCUGCGGUGCCACUUGCUGCUUUCAGCACCGUUUAUGUGAAUAUCACAGACGUGAACGACAACGUGCCAUUUUUUACGUCAUCCAUCUACGAAGCUUCUGUAACAGAAGGGGCUCAGAUAGGAACAUCAGUUCUUCAGGUGUCAGCUCAUGACAAUGACCUGGGUCAGAAUGGAGAGAUAACAUACUCUCUUCUGAGCGACAACAGCGGUGACCACCUCUUGUUCCGAAUCGAACCCAAACUCGGGAUCAUCUACACGGAGGCCGUUUUUGAUCGUGAGGCCCGCAGCUCCUAUUUGUUGGAAGUCCAGUCAGUGGAUGGGCAAGAAUCGGCUCGCCCCGGCAAGAACAAACAACCAAAUUCAGACACAGCAUAUGUUCGAGUUUUCAUCAGCGACGUCAACGACAACAAGCCGGCCUUUGUUCAGAGACUCUAUGAAGUGGCCGUGGAUGAGGACGCAGAUGUGGGUUUGGCUGUUGUCACUGUCAGUGCUAAUGAUGAAGAUGAAGGUGCCAAUGCCAAGUUGCGCUAUCAGAUCACUUCUGGCAACAAAGGGGGCGUUUUUGACAUCGAGCCAGAAGUGGGGACCAUAUUCAUUGCACAACCGCUGGACUACGAACAGCAAAAAAGGUACAAACUGCUGGUUCUCGCCUCGGACGGAAAGUGGGAAGACUAUGCAGCUGCAGUGGUGACAGUGGUUAAUAAGAACGACGAGGCGCCAGUGUUCUCCAUGAAUGAAUACUACGGGUCGGUCACAGAGGAACUCGAUGGGUCUCCUGUCUUUGUCCUACAGGUAACGGCGAACGACCCAGACAAAGAUGCAGACCAAGAAGCAAUACGAUAUUCCAUCCAUGGCCAAGGCGCAGAGUCACACUUUAUGAUCAACGACAUGACAGGCGAGAUGUAUGCUCAACGUACCAUGGACCGAGAAGAGCGUGCUGUUUGGCGCUUCGUCGUCAUGGCGACAGACGAGGAGGGCGAGGGAUUAACCGGUUUUACAGACGUUAUCAUCAACGUGUGGGACAUCAAUGACAAUGCACCCACCUUCUCGUGCCUGCCAGAUAAUUGCCUUAGUAGCAUCGAAGAGAACUCGCCUCCCGGAACCUUUGUUGUCGAAAUGACAGCGGUAGACCUUGACGAUGCAGCAGUAGGCCAGAAUGCGAUUCUCACUUACCAAAUUACUGAAAAUGUUAAGAACACAAACAGAGAAGAUCUUUUCAUGAUAGAUUCCAGUACUGGCACAAUAUCAGUGGCGUCUGAAGGUCUGGACAGGGAGUUGGCGGACAGUCACAGGCUUGUCGUGGAGGCCUGCGAUGGUGGGAGGAUGACAAGUACAGCAACUGCCACUAUUAUCUUAACAGACAUUAACGACCAUGAACCAAAGUUUCAGCAGGAAAGAUGUGCUGCCACAGUGCCCGAGAAUUCUGAUGUGGACGCGAUCGUUCUGGAGUUGGGUGCCACAGACCCUGACGCAGGCCCUUACGGUCAACUUUCAUUUUCCGUGGUAGAUGGAGACCCAGGGCAACAGUUCUACAUGGUCAGUCACAGACUAGAUCAGACGGGUGUUCUGAGACUGAAGCGGAAGCUGGACUUCGAGAAGCCCGGAGAGCAAAAGUUUAACUUGACCGUCAAAGUUGAAGACUCCGACUUCUCCAGCUUAAUCCAGUGUCUAGUUCUAGUUGAGGAUGAUAAUGAUAAUGCGCCUGUCUUUACCCAGAGCUCUCAUCUUCUCCCUCCUUUGAACGAAGACGUAGCUGUAGGAACCACUAUCAUCCAGGUGCUGGCUACAGACUCUGACUCCGGUUCGAACGGGGAGAUAUUCUACAGUAUUCUUCCUCAGUCUGACCCGUAUGGAGAUUUCACCGUGAGCCAGUCGGGUGUUAUCACAGUCGCCAGGCCACUGGAUCGAGAAUCCAUGGCCAGUUACGAUUUGGUUGUAACAGCGAGGGACAACGGUAGUCCAGCGCUGAGUGCCAGUGUGACGAUCUACUUGCCUCUGUUAGACGUUAACGACAACGGUCCAGAGCUAGAGACAGUCUACAGUCCUGUGGUGUGGGAAAAUAGUCCAGCACCUCAAGUGGUCGUGUUAAACGCAACCUCGAACCUGCUUCAGGUUUUGGAUAGAGAUUCCCCAGAACACGGGCCUCCUUUCAGCCUCUCCUUGCCUUCCGUCUAUUCGGCUGAUUUUCACCUCCAGGAUCACGGCAACGGAUCCGCCACACUCACGGCACUGCGGAGAUUUGAUAGGGAAAGACAAAGCAACUUCCUCUUGCCGGUGGUUAUGAGUGACAGCGGCUAUCCACCAAUGACUGCCACAAGUACUCUCACAAUAACCAUUGGUGACCAGAAUGAUAACGCCCAUCAGGCAGGAGAGAAAGAUAUCUACGUGUAUAGCCGCAGGGGGAAGACGGCAAAUGUAACAUUGGGGAAGGUGCACGCGCUCGAUCCUGACGACUGGGAUAACAAAACCUACACUCUCGAGACCAGCGCGGGAAAAUAUUUCAGUGUGAACCAAAGCUCAGGAAUGCUGACUUUUCGCCAGAACACACCAGUCGGGAGUUACUGGAUGAGGGUCGGAGUGUCUGAUGGCGUGUGGCCCGAUGUCAUAUCCGGUGUUCGAGUUCAUGUGAGAGAACUGGAGGAAAAAGCAGUUCAGUCAUCUGCUUCUCUACGUUUGGAUGGCAUAACCACAAGAGAGUUUAUCGACUCUCACGUCGAGAGGAAGAGUCGGCUGGAGACUCUCUGGGACUUCCUGUCGGAGAUCUUGUCUGUCAGACCGGGGAGCGUUAACAUUUUCAGCAUUGCCGACAGCGGGGAGAAAAGAGUGGACGUCCAUUUCUAUGUGCUGUCUGAUACGGGCUAUAUGCAUUUGGAGAAGCUGCAUGGGGUUCUUGCAGCACAUAAGAAGAAGCUGCAGUCACUGCUGCAUGUUAAUGUAAGCCAGGUGCAGGUGGACGAGUGCGUGCACGCUCAUUGUAAGGCAUCGGGCGGAUGCACCACGCAGAUGACCGUCGGCGAAUCGCCGACCCUGCUGGACUCCGAUGUGUUAUCCUUAGUCUCCGUAAAGGUGACGACCUCGGCCGUCUGCGGUUGCGCCUCCAGAGAAAUGACUCAUCAAAGCUGCUCCUCCUAUUCUGAUAACCCCUGUCUUAACGGGGGAACCUGCAUCGAUGCCCGAGGCGGAUACAGGUGCCGUUGCCCUCCUCAGUACGACGGGCCAGACUGCCAGCAGACGAGACGCAGUUUCCUUGGCAACGGCUACGCCUGGUUUCCUCCCAUAAAGCCUUGCUUUGAUAGCCAUCUUUCCCUUGAGUUUAUGACGGAAGAAGAUGACGGACUGCUGCUGUACAACGGGCCGUUGGCCACGCUUCUGCCUGGAGAUGUCGAAGACUUCAUGGCCAUAGAGUUGUCCAGUGGAUCUCCUAGCCUGAAAAUAAAUCAUGGUUCUGGUACGCUAGUUCUCCAGUUGAUAAACAGUGCUAGCCUUGCUGACGGACGUUGGCAUCGCCUUGACGUCAAAAGCAACAGCAAAGAAGUGCGCUUUACUCUGGAUCGAUGCUCCACGGCAAUUGUCAUGGAGACAGAAGGUGUGGACUCAUGGGCAAUGACAGAGGACCGUUCGUCCUGUGAAAUUCGAGGGGUAACGCCCAACCGGGACAAGUAUCUGAAUGCAAGUCACGUGUUGCAGCUCGGAGGGGUCAAUGUGAACCUUUCUUACGAAUACCCGCAGCUACAACACAAACAUUACGUCGGAUGUCUAAGAAAUCUGCGUUUAGACAGCAAGCUUUAUGACCUGGGCUCUCCGGCCCAAUCAGUGAACAGCGUGCCAGGUUGCUCUUUCACGGAUGACCACUGCACCAACACAGAGCCACGACAAGCCGCCUCCUGCGGAAAGACGGGCCGCUGUCAUGAUGAGUGGGGUCCCGCGAGCUGCCAGUGUGAAGCAGGCUUUACCGGUCCGCAGUGUGAGCGGCCUGCUCCCGAGUUCUCCUUUGACGGACGCAGCCACGUUCAGUUCCAGAUGUUAUGGUCCCUGCCCGCCCGACAGAUCAGAGUCCAAGUCGGGAUUCGAACGCGCGCCGCCUUCGGCGUCAUCCUCAGCUUACUUUCUCAGGAACAGAGUGAAUAUCUCCGCUUAGAGGUUGUCCGAGGCUUGCUGGCUGUUUUCUACAAUCUCGGCGACGGCGACUACAACUUGACGCUGCCGUUCCGUCGCCUGGAUGACGGCGAGUGGCACGAGCUGGAGUUGGACCGCUUCGGCCGGGAGUUUGCCCUGCGCGUGGACGGGGGCGGGGGCCGGCGUGAGAUAACUGCUUCUCCGGGGCGGAGUCAGGAGAUCAUUAUCGACCCGUCGGUGGUGAUGCUGGGAAACUCUUUUCCCUCUGGACACAACAGAAGCUUCCUUGGCUGCAUGCGAGACCUGAGAUUUAGCGGUCGAUCCGUUUCCCUGGAUAGAGAGCUGCCUUCAGAGGGUCUGCAGGUGGUCUCUUCUCAGGGCGUCUCCCUAGGCUGCUCUUCAGAAGCCUGCAGGAAACAUCCCUGCUUCCCCCCCCUCGUCUGCGUGGAUCUCUGGAGGCAGCACGAGUGCAGGUGCCCUCCAGGUCACAUCACUAAGGAGAGCUCUUCUGGCAAAGCGUGCAUCUACACGCUGUGCGCCGGGCGGCCGUGCCGCUACGGCACUUGCGUGGCUCACUCGCCCUCGCGUUACACGUGCCAAUGCAACGAAGGCUACCGAGGACGGCACUGCGAGGUGACGCUCGCCAUGUUCCAUAACGAGGACGGCAACAGCCUCAGCCUGAGCUCCAUGUUUGCCAUCAGUAUAUGUGUGAUGGCCUUCCUGGUGUUGAUGCUGGGCCUUUUUCUGUACUCGUGCUGGAGGAGACACAAGGGCUUGAAGGAGGGCGUGUACCACGUGUCGGCGCAGCGCGGCGAGUGGGAGGACAUCCGGGAGAAUGUGCUCAACUACGACGAGGAAGGAGGAGGGGAGCAGGACCAGAACGCUUUCAACAUGGUGGAGCUGCAGCGUUCCCUCCACCCGAGCCCGUCCCAGUCGCUCCGCUACAGCUACCCUAGAGGCGUCGUCUCCCGCCCCGACAAUAAGACGCCUCACGAGGACGCCGCCAAGGCCUCGUCGGACGGGAACGGCAGCGCCAUCAUAGCUCUGCGUCUGGCCGUCCCCCCUUCGGAAACGGAGACCCUGUCGUCCCCUCUGACCGCGCGCCGCUCCAAGAAGCCCAUUUCCUUCUCCAGCCAGGACUUGGCCCGCUACCUGUGCGAGGUCAUCCGAGACACGGAGGAACUGGGAACCGGGACCGUGCCACGGCGUCCGUCCAGGAAGGAGCGCGGCAACGGCCUGGCGUCGGGGCGCUCCCUCAGCGUGUCUCAGGGUUCGGAUAUCAAGAAUCAGGGAGCUCACAGCGGCAAGUUCAGAACCCUCCGCGCUGUGGUGGGCGAUCUCCGAGGAGACCCCAAGCCUUCGGAGGUCCAGAGAGACAAAGUCAAGGAGAGCAGAGGGCAGCUGAACUGCGGGAAGAGCGGAUGAGAUGCUAAAACGACAAAAAUAAUUCGAACAGUUUUACGUCGGUGAUGACGAUUCGUUGGGACUCUUCACGAUGCCUGAGCUCCACCGUCAAUACCUGAUGGUUGACUAUCAAAUGAAUGAUCAAAUGUGACAUAUUGUUUACUUGGAAUUGCACUGUACAGUAAAGACUCUACAGUAAGCACUUUUGGAAGCUCCUUGUGUCACAAAUAUACUCAACAAAAACAUAAGCGCAAUACUUUUAGUUUUGUCAAGAGCUUAUUUUGGUUCCUGAGUUUGUUGAAUCUGUAUCCGUAAGCACUAUGCUAAUACCUUAGCUGUCGAUUGACUUGGCAAAUGAGAGAAGAUGCUGCCUCAAGAAAGUUUUUAUUGAACUAAAUGUGCUAAAGUUUCAGGAAAUGAUGAUGAAAGCAGACACUGAUUUUUGUCUCAGUGGCACUGAAACAUGACUAUUCGCAGCCAAGUUGGAUUGAAUUGGACGUCUAUCAUUGUCAAUGGCUGGCAAUGAGUUAAAUAGACACCUCAGAGCAGACAUGUCCAAAGUCCGGCCUGGGGGCCAAAUGCGGCCCGUGGUCAAAUUUCAUCCGGCCCCCAGCCUCUGUCAUAAAAUCAAUAACAUCUGGCCCGCACACAGAUUUAAAAAAUUGGUCAGCAGUACUGCAACCAGCAUAUGAAGUAGCUUACACACGAAAUGCUGCUCCUCAUUUUUCCACUAAAAGGCAGCAGCAUUUUAACCCUUUAUUGCCAAAUGUAUCACAUUUGAUAGACCUAAAAUUUCAUGAUUUUCAGACUAAUUUAGAAUUUUGACUAGGGCUGUCAAACGAUUAAAAUUUUUAAUCGAGUUAAUUACAGCUUAAAAAUUAAUUGUAAUUAAUCGCAAUUCAAACCAUCUAUAAAAUAUGCAAUAUUUUUCUGUAAAUUAUUGUCGGAAUGGAAAGAUAAGACACCAGACGGAUAUAUACAUUCAACAUACAGUACAUAAGUACUGUAUUUGUUUAUUACAACAAUAAAUCAAGAAAAUGGCAUUAACAUUAUUAACAUUCUCUUAAAGCGAUUCUUAAAAGAUAAAUGUUAGUACAAGUUAUAGAAAUUUUAUAUUAAAACCCCUCUUAAUGUUUUCGUUUUAUUAAAAUUUGUAAAAUUUUCAAUCAAAAAAUAAACUAGGCGCUCGCCAUUGUUGAUGUCAAUAAUAACACCAUGCUGAAAACCCAUGAAAUCAUUUGGGCCCAAGCGCCAGCAGAGGGCGCCAAACACCAAAAAACAAGUAACAAGUGGACAUUAUACUGCUGUCAUUUUAAUUUUUUUGAGCGGGGCAUGUGUGUUAAUUGCGUCAAAUUUUUUAACGUGAUUAAUUUAAAAAAAAUUAAUUACUGCCCGUUAACGCGAUAAUUUUGACAGCCCUAAUUUUGACAUUUCUUUUUGGAAAAAAAAAAAAAAAAGAUGGAUGCAAGUCAACACAUGCAUCUGCAGGUUCCAUAAGAAAAAAACAUGAUUUAGCAUGGGUUAUGGAUAUUAGAGCGCUUAUUACACAUAUUCAUUUUGACUUUUCACAAAUUUGAAAAAAAGGUUUCAUUAGGACCUUAUUUUUCAAAUUUUGGGAUUCUCUGAUAAUUGCUUCAUAUUGCAGGUAUUUAAGGGCUGAGCAACAUUACUCCGUGUGACCCUCUACUUCCAAUUUUCUAAAAUGGCGACAAUCAAAAAAAAAAAAAGUUGACUGUGACGGUCGACGCUUCAAGGAUAGGUGGAAAUUGGACUAUUUCUUCACAAAAAUACGCAACAACUGUGUCUUGCCUCAUUUGCAAAGAGACAGUCGCUGUUUUUAAGGAUUUCAAUGUUAGGCGAUAUUACCAAACAAAACACGCUGACAUGUACGACAAGAUUACAGGGAAGAUACGCAGCGAGAAAUUGAAGCAACUUGAAGCUAGUUUAAUUUCACAGUAGUAGUAUUUCGCUAGAGCCCGAGAGUCAAAAGAGAACGCUGCAAAGGCUAGUAGUUGCGAGAUUGUUGAAAUUAUACAUAAAAAAAAAACAAAAUAAAGCAAAUGUGACACACUGAAUGGCUUGCUAAAUUUUGCUUAAAUAUAUUGUUCUACGUAAAGGACGUCAGCCAAGGUCGGCCCCCCACAUUUUUACCACGCCAAAUCUGGCCCCCUUUGCAAAAAGUUUGGACACCCCUGCUUUAGAGUGUUACAGAGAGCAUUCUGUUUUUAUCAGUGUUGCACCAAUACUGAUAUUAGUAUCGGUACCAAUACGGCACUAAAAUGUUGUGUUGGGGUGUACUAACAAAUAACGUGCCGGUGCUACACAAUUUUUUUCCCCCUAAGAGAUCUAGUCGCUAUAAUCAAAAUGGCUGCUGUAACCAGAACAUACAUCUGUUUGUCAUUAGUGUUGCACCGAUACUGAUACUAGUACCGAUACAGCACUAAAGGAUGUAAUCGUUGUGUACGAACAAAUAACAUGCCAAUGUCUGCAAUUUUUUUCUGUUCGAGAGCUAGUUUCCAAUCGGCAGUCGCCCUACUCAAGAUGGCUGCCAUAAGCAGAAGAUACUUCUGGUUAUCAUUAGUGUUGCACCGAUACUGGUACUAGUACCGAUACGGCACAAAAAUGAUGUAAUCGGAGUGUACUAAACAAUAAUAUCCCAAUACCAUGCAAUUUUUUUCCUGUUCGAGAUCUAGUUUCAAAUCAGCAGUCGCCCUACUCAAGAUGGCUGCCACAACCAGAACAUACUUCUGUUUCUAUUAGUGCUGCACCGAUACUAACUCUGUACCAAUGCAGCACUAAAAUUAUGUAAUU